AUCACGACAUUGAAUUGGGUGAGGAAAUACAAGAGGCAAUAAAAGACUUGGCAGGCACUCAUGUUGCUAAUAUUAUGCCUAAUCGUGAAGGUCAAGAUAUGAAUGAAUCUAAUAUCGAAUCUCAAAAGGAUACAAUA